AUGGCUGGCUUGAAAAGCAAGAGCUUGGUCUUGGUUUCUCUGCUGGGGCUCGUGGCUCUGCUCCUGUGCGGCACCUCCGAAGCACAAAGCAACCAGGAUUGCUGCCUGUCCUACACCAAAGUGCGUCUGCCUCGCUGGGCCCUGAAGGGUUACACUGAGCAGCUCUCCAGUGAAGUCUGUGAUAUCCCUGCAAUCAUUUUCCACACCAAGAGGGGGCUGAAGGCCUGUGCAAAUCCUAAGGAUGACUGGGUGAAGAAGCAUCUUCUUUUCCUGAGCCAGAGGCUUAGGAAGAUGGCAGUCUGA